AUGAUCACCACUGCUAACUUUGAGGGGAGUCAAGGACGUUAUAUUGAAGGCCAUGAAUUCAGUCUUCUUGGCAUUGAGGUGCAGGCCUGUCUUCCUGCAUUCAGACUCAACCCUCAUCAGGAGAGACUGGGCAUCCAAUAUAAACUCAUAAGUGUCAGCAAUGGAGCGAUAAUUGAGAGGCAAUAUUCUGGCAAGAUUGAGGUUAAUAAUGGACAGACUUGGGGCUCAUGGGGACAUCGAGAGAUGUGCCCCGUCGGGACCUAUGCUACAGGCUUUAGUCUUAAAGUUGAACAAGCAAUAGAUGGGGAUGACACUGCCCUCAAUGGAAUUGCCCUUCGCUGCACUAAGCCUAUUGGAUUCCUACAUACAGCUCUGACCUAUUCUACAGUACAGUCUGAUGUAGGAAGCUGGGGGACUUGGACAGGGAACACCUGGUGCACAAGUGGAGUGUUGACGGCAUUUCAGCUACGAGUAGAAGGUGCUCAAGGACAAGGUGAUGAUACAGCUGCUAACAACAUAAGGUUCUUAUGCACUGGAAAGGAAAUCUUGACCGGCAAUGGCAUGUCCUGGGGAGAGUGGGGACAGUGGAGUGAUUCAUGUCCUGGAAAAGGGAUUUGCGGAAUCCAAACAAAAGUGGAGUUGCCACAGGGUAGAGGAGAUGACACUGCUCUUAACGACGUCAGCUUUUAUUGCUGCUCCUAA